AUUUUCACUUAAUUUAGUUAAUAUUCGAUAUUAGAAGCAAUUUGGCAAUCAAUUUCUACCGGAGUUGAAUUAAAAAAUACUGUGACAGUAGCAGAAUAAGUAUAAUGCCCACAAAGGCUUCAUGUUGCGUAAAAAUCAGUCAUUUUUUGUUUUGUUUUUAUAUUUUAACCAGAAAUUCAAAUGUCAAAGUUAAUCAAGUCAUUUCCCAAGUGUCGUUGCGCAUGUUUGAGCGCAGCUCGAGUUGUGCGCGAAAGAACAAGCGCGUGGGUCGCGUUUUAGUUUAAAAUUAUAACUUUUUACAGUCUUUUUGUGCACAUUGUCAAAGUGUCACGUGUGAGAAACGUUAAAAAACAAUCAGUCCACAGUGCCUAUGACAUAGAUCAGUCAGUUUUCGAUCGCCAAACCGUGCAAUUGCUUUUACGUUUUUUUCAAUACAUCUACACAAAUGUCCAAAAUGGGGAAAUGUACCGGCGCUCCUUUGUCGAAACGUGGUCGUCUGUCGCUGGACGCAAAUAACAAGGCUACCGCAAAUAAAAAGAAACAGAAAGAACACAAAAUGCUGGAUUGUGAGUGUCCAAUUUGUUUCACGAAAAUGAAUGAACACAUCGGGACACCGGAUACAUGCCAUCACCGAUUCUGCUUCACAUGUCUUGUGGAUUGGUCGCGCGUGCAAAACACGUGCCCCGUUGAUCGCUUAAAAUUCAACUCGAUUUUAAUUAGGGACACUUAUGAUGGUCCCGUCAGCAAACUCUGGCAAGUGACGGGGGCCUGCUACAAUCCAAAAGAAGCAGAAAUUCUGCAACUUGUUCAGUUUUCACAAUGUUCACAAACUGAAAAUGAAGAAAAUUAUUCAACUGAUGAAGAUAAUGAAGAUGAAGAUGGAGAAUCAUUUGCAACAGCAGAAGAAGCCAGUGAAGAUGUUCCUGAAGAUGAGGAAAAUGUAAUUAUUCCAACAGUGGAACCACCAACAUCCCCUCAAAUAAGCCAAAAUCUCCGUCGGAGCAGCCGCCUUGCUGAGAAACGCGCACGUGCUGAAAAUAUUCGCAUACAACAAGAUUCAUCGAAUUUUCACACCAUAACCACAAGAGCCGUCGCUCGGCGCAGAAAUACUAUUGCAGGAAGUGGAUUUCAAAGACAUUUGUAAAGGUUUCUUUUUAGAAAAGGCUUUAUUUAAAGGUAAUUCUUUGAUUUAAAAUCGUGAUUAUACAAAUACAUUUACUCAGUGGA